AUGGCUAAUGGUGAGAAAAGUGGAGGAGAUAGCAGCAGCGAAGAGGAAGAUCCCAAUGGGAAAGCUGCCAUCAAUUCGAUAGCCACCACCACUUUUUGUUCAUGCUGUUUGCUACCAAGUCUAUCUCUAGUCUUUGUUAAUGCUAAUUGGUUCAUCAAGUUGAUAAUUGUUGCUGGUCAAGACAUGCUUCAAAACCAGGUGAAGAAGCUCUUGAAUGAAAUGGUGGAGAGUACUCUAGACUUUGUGUCAAUGUUCCCGAGGAUGAAGAACCGGAUGGAUAAUGACUGUGGAGUUCGUUUAUUUAAGCGGUGUUCAACUGGCAUCAUCUUUGAUAAUGUUGGUUAG